CUCUCUUCAAGAAAUAAUGUAAAAUCAAAUGAAAAAGUUCUCGAUAAAAAUAAAAUGUCGAAUGAAAAAAUUUUAAAUUUUUUUAUUUCAUUCUGUCUGAUUUUCAAUAAAUUUUAUUGCCAAAUAUCUGAAUGUGAAAUGUCAGCAGAUCUCGGGGAAGCUCGAAAAAGUCGUUUACAUCAUCCAUGUGAAAUAAAUAGAAAUCCAUAUUUUCAUAUUGAAACUCAUGAAAAUUUUUAUUGUGUUUUUUACUCAAGCAUCGAUACAUCGAUAUUUGGAGAAGCAACUGUGAAUAUUAAAGUUGAUGGCGAAUGGGAAGUUGAGCAAAUUGGUUCGAAAGAAUUCUCAUCGAACCAAACUUCAAUUUUAUUCACAGUUCUCCUUGAAGAUGUCAUUUUAAAAAUAUUUUCAGAAGACGAGGACGAGAUACCAAAAAUAGUCAGUGUUAUUGUCACUCUAGGCGAUGAAACGGAAGAAUAUUGCAGCACAACAAAGUGUGGAAUGAGGAGUGAAGCAAUUCCAGUCAUUAUCAAUGGUGAAAAAGUAAGAGAAGGAUCGUGGCCAUGGCAUGCAGCAAUUUAUUAUCGUCCGACAACUGGUACGAUUAAAUUUCGAUGCGGUGCCACAAUCAUCAAUGAAAGAACUCUUAUUACAAUUGCAACGUGUUUGGUGACCUAUAAUGCUGCAAUACAGAAACGUGUCGAACUUGAUAUUGACAAAUUGUCUGUAGCUGUUGGUGAGACAAUACUAUUCGAUUCAUCUGGCACUCGACAAGUGUUUAAAGUCAAUGAAAUUAAAUUUCAUGAGAAUUAUACAAAAGAAUAUGUUCAAGGAAGUUUUAAUUCAGCUAGAAGUUACAAGGAUGAUUAUAAUGUAGCAUUAAUCAUUCUUCAUGAAGAUAUUCGAUAUUCUCUACAUGUAGUGCCAAUUUGUCUGCCGACUUCUGAUGAAUAUGAUUAUGAUGGGAAAGUUGGGAAAGUUGUUGGAUGGGGAUUCUCAGAAGUGGGUGACCUCAAAAUAUCACAGCAUCUUCAAGACCUCACAGUUCCAACAAAUAACUUCCUGACAUGCAUGUUUCGAGCUUUUAAUCGUACAAUUUACAGUGGAUUCUCAGCAAGUCGUAAUUUUUGUGCAGGAUAUAAAAGACACCGUGGGAUUUGCACUGGAGAUUCUGGCGGUGGACUUUACAUUAAAGAAGAUUCACAAUAUACACUGUAUGGACUGGCUAGCUUUGCAAACUGCGAAUGUGUCAAGGAGGAAAAUAGAUGUACAAUUUAUGGUGAAGGAUUCUUUGUUAAUUUAGUGAAAGUUUUAAAAUGGAUUCAGAAUAAUAUGUAUUAA